UGUCACAUGAUUCAGUUCAAAGUUUCCCGGAAGCCAGUCUCACCUCCUUUUAGCAUUACCUGAUUUAGUGCCAUGUUAUUUUAAAAUCUAACAUUAGUUCGCUUUAGUUUAAUGAGUUGUCCAACUUUUUACAUUUCCUAAAUUAUCCUUUGGCCAACAUCGUUGCAAAAAUGACAGAAGAGGCAGGUGCUGCUGCACAUGCAAGAACGGUCCUUCAGCAGUGUAUUCACGCUAGGCUGCAGGUGAAACCGGCGGAUGAGGAGUCCGGGGCUGAAUGGGUGGAGAUUAACCGGGGGAUGGUGAUAUACAUAUGCUUUUUUAAGGGAGCCACUGAGGAUAUCAUCCCCAAAAUGGUGUCCACCCUGCUGAACCUGAGACUGUGUGAGGCAGACUCCGGGAAGUACACGUCCGUCCUGGAGCUGCCUGGGAGUGUGCUGGUGGUGCCGCAGGCUACCCUGGGGGGCAAGGCCAAGGGCAAGGGCAUGCAGUACCACAACAACAUCAGAAAAGAGGAGGGCCUCAGGCUCUAUUCAGACUUUGUCUGUCAGUGUGAGAGGGAGCUGGACUCGGCUAGAGGACGCACGGCGGAGGAGGGGGCCGGGGCUAAGACGACAGUCAAGCACGGGACUUAUGGGAACCGACAGGUGUUAAAGCUGGAUACGAAUGGACCGUACACACACUUAAUGGAGUUCUGAAUCUCAUGGGAGAUGGUACCAUUUUAGAGCUGGAUCUGAAACACUGGUCCUUAACCCUUGUGCUGCCUUCGGGUCAUUGUGACCCAAGGGCAGAUAACACAAGGGUUACAAUAACUUGGCAGCAUUGUGGGAAUAUGAUCGGUUUAAUAUCCAGAUUGUUGUUUGUUGAUGAGUGAAUGUACUGUACAUAAAUCAUUUUAAACCUA